CUCUCAGCGAACGACCUAACACCUGUGACCUCAAGCAUUUAAAAGCUGCCAGAAAUGCCCCGUCAGCGCAGUGCUCCUGCUCCUGCUCGCUCGGCUUCUGCCGCGGCGUCGCGACCCAAGCCGGCCCCUUCGUCUUCGUCGGCUCCUCCCCCCUCGAGCAGCUCCACUGCGGCGCCCGCAUCAAGUGGAUGGUUCGGCUCGCGCCCUGCUGCUCCGCAGGCGACUGCCCCUCCUCCGAUGGCUGCUCCUUCGGCACCUCCUCCGGCUAUGGCUUCCGGUGGUGGCGGUGGUAUCAUGUCCGGCCUGAUUGGCACCGUCGUGCAGGGCGCCGCCCUGGGCACCGGCAGUGCCAUCGCGCACCGCGCCGUUGACUCGUUCAUGGGCCCCCGCACCGUGGUGCACGAGCACCAGCAGGCGCCCGCGGCCGCCGCGCCCGUGCCCGCUGCCGCCCCUGCGGCGGCGGACGGCCCUUGCGGUGAGCAGGUGAAGGCGUUCGCGGACUGCAUGACCAAGUACAACGGCGACAUGGGCGCCUGCCAGUGGUACUUCGACGCCAUGCAGGCCUGCCGCCGCGUGUAAAUGGACACAGUGCGAGAGGUGUAUUGGGUGGCUUCGCGGCGCGGCGUGCGCACAUGUCUGGUGCACGGCUCCGGCGGCGGCGCUGGGCGAGGAGUGGAAGUCGAGGAGACGGUUGUGGGUGAUGUCGCUGUGGCGGGACUGGCGCCCAACCAGCAGUUGCCAGUGGCGGCGGGUUUUGUGGUGCGUCCAGCUGUCCAUUAACGGGUUGAUGCGUGCGCAGCGUGAGGCUGUUGGCGGGCGGGCUGCGGACCGGCGGCACCACGGUGUGUCAGGAACAGGGGGCGAGCAGGGCUGAGGUGUUUGCGGCUUGUCUGGCUUCUCUCUCUUCAUGGUGUGGGUGUGAGUGUCUUUGGUGUGUGCUUACUGUUAUUUGUUCGAUAUAUUGAUACGAGUGCAUUAGCGGAUGAGGAGUUUAGCAACUGUAGUCCGGGCAGAAGCUGGAAGAGCCGCGCUCCACGAUGCGAUUGCGUAUGUUGCGCGUGGGUUGGCUCAGAUGGAGGGGUUCGGCCUAGAGGAGAAACUGAAGUUUGAUGCGUAGGACGCGCCUCUCAAUGGAGUGGGACUGAAGUUCGAUGUGGAGGUUUGAGGGAGAGCGGGGGUGCGUGGAGGUCGCGCGAGAGAGUGUUUUGGUGCGUGCCGAUUAAAUAACCGCGUCAACUGUGGACAGAAUCACCGACGCACUGCCUCUCCGCACGCUCCCUUGUAAAAUCCCAGUGUAAAACCCCAGUUCC